CUGUCAGGACAUAGAAUCCAUUGCAUGAAGCUGAAGCUGUCGCUGCUUUCUCUGUGUUACCGAUAGUAUAACUGUUGAAACUGAUGAGAUAUUGAGAUGUAUUGAAACUGAGGAGAGAAUAUUCAUACCGGAGGGACUUACAGAGGGAUUCAUGUCGUUGCGUGGUGGGGAAUGGGCUCUGCACCGAGGAAACAGGUGCCCCCAGUGCAGGAGCAGUCUCUCAGCAGUGAUUUUCCAACAUCAUCUUCAUCAUUAAAUGAUUCUCCUGCCCCACUAAUCAUAAUCACAGCGCCAUCUCGAGAGAACCUCUUCGAAAAUCCUUCUGGACUGAAAAUAGAGGAGGCGAAUAAAGAGCCGCGGCCCAGCAGAACUCCCGUGUAUGUUGGUCGAGGACGUUUUAUCACGGGCAAAGCCUGAUUUACCCAAGUGAAGUGUAUAGUUCUGCAGCUGCUUAAAGGACUGGCAUAUUUACAUCACAACUUCAUUCUUCACAGGAACAGAGUGUGUUCAUAAUGUGUGACACCUUAGUUCACAGCACUUCCAUUUCUUCAACAGCACAGAAUUUGAAGGUUUCCAAUCUGCUGAUCACAGACCAGGGCUGUGUUAAGAUAACUGAUUUUGGUCUGGCGUGUGUUUAUGGUAUCCCUGUACAGCCCAUGACUCCUCCGGUAGUGACACUGUGGUAUCGAGCUCCAGAGCUCCACCUAGGGACCAAGACACAGACCGCUGCCCUGGACAUGUGGGCUGUUGGCUGCAUCUUUGAUGAACUUCUAGCUCAUAAACCUCUUUUGGCCGGAGCCUCAGAGAUCCAGCAGCUGGAUCUGAUCAUACAGCUGCUGGGAAAGCCGAAUGAAAACAUCUGGCCGGGCUUCUCACAUCUGCCAUUGGUGGGGCAAUACAGUCUGAGGAAGCAGCCCUACAACAACUUAAAGAACAAGUUCACCUGGUUAUUGGAAUCCGGUCUGAGACUGCUCAACCUUCUGUUCAUGUACAGACACAGCGCAGAGCCACAGCUACAGACUGUUUAGAAAGUUCUUACUUCAAGGAAAAGCUCUUGCCCUGUGAACCAGAACUCAUGCCCACAUUCCCUCACCACCAAAACAAAUGUGCUGGUCCUGCCGCUGAAAGCCAGUCCCAACGAAGCAAAAUAUGAGACUAUUCUGCUGCCACAGUAACCAAUGUCAUCACAUGUAUGUUUUCCUGACUGUAAGAUAUUGUACAAUUUACUCUUAAACUUGAAACCUACAGACACUAGAUAAUAUUGUAAAUAGACCUAAAAUAUGUGUAAAUGUUGCUUAUGUUGGCUGAAGUACACAUUUUUGUACAAAGAUGAAGAUAAACCCUUUCUCCUGACAAUUUUUUCUGUUUGGAAUAUCCUGAAAACAUUCAAAGUUUAUUUCUGUACCACUAGCUCCACUGAACGGAACUUCAUAAAUAAUAAUCCCCAAUCUGCCAUUGGUCAUAAAACAGACAGUCCCGCCCCCAAUUUUUUUGCAAUUGGUUGAGCCAAUGUUGCUGGGUCGGGCUGGUUAGGAGGCUCAAACAAACAAUAGGAAUGGUUUGAUAGCACCACAGAGCCACUGUGUUUACACUUUUCAGGGAAAUCAACCUACCAAUUUCUUAAUUAUGGUUGUCUCUAUAAAUAUUAAUAGUAUGGUGGAUUGAUCCCACCUCAUAAAAAAAAAUAAAAAAAAUUAAAAAAAAAAGUCAUUCUGACUCACAUUGUGACUUCAUUUUUUGCAAUCGUGACUUUAAUACCUGUAAUCAUGUUCAUACACUGUAAAAUCAAAUUAGUUGACCUUAGAUGUUUUUAAGACAAUCGGUUAGAAUGCUUUAAGUAAACACUUAUUUGGCUGAAGUAGAUUUAACUUAAUUAUUUAAGUACAGUUAACUAGAUACAAGUAAACUGAACUCAUCUGUGAUUAAAGAAUGAUUGUUGUUAUUUAACUAUUUCAGUUGAGUUAUAGCACAUCUUAAACAAGCAAAAUUAUGAUUAGACUGUAAGUUAGCCAUAUGGCACAUUGGAUUCUACUCAUUACUAUUUAGUGCAAAUAAAUCUACACUUUUUGAAAGUAAAAUUGAGUAAAGGAGAUUGACUUGUGACUGAACAGUGGUAACACUUAUCACCCUAAUGGUGACUUCACAUAUAUCACAACUAUCAACCAGCUACAACAAAACAACAACAAUAGUCAGAAGAAUUAAAACUAAAUUAAUUUUUUAUAAUUAUUAUAUUUCUCCACAAGUUCCCUUGUCUUGACCAAGCGCAAGGGCUGAUAGGUAUUCCACACAGCUGCAAUUUUGUAUUUGAUCAUUUUGAGUUAACAGGACUCGAACCCAAAGUUUAAAGAAUGUAUUUUCAGUUAGGAUUCAAAAGUGACAUUUCAGGUAGUUUAAUUAGGACCACUCGAUUGAUUUUAUUUAUGACAACUUUAGGGUUUAGACUUAAUUAAAACUAGUAAGUAUAAUAAAAAAUUAAGCUUGUCAACAUUUUUUUUAAAUUUGAGAUAACUAUUAGUAUUUACAGUGUAUCUUGCAACUGCAGUUGUUGAGAUAGAAACAUGCAAUCAUGACUAUUAAAAUUGCAAGACAGCUUGGAACAGUCUGACCAUUCUUCUCUGACCUCUGUCAUUAACAAGGCAUUUUCAUCAACAGAACUGCUGCUCGCUGGAGGGUUUUUUGUUAUCACACCAUUCUCUUUACAAUGUAGAGACUGUUGCGUGUGCAAAUCCCACGAGUUCAACAGUUACAGAAAUACUCAAACCAGCCCAUCUGGCACCAACAAACAUGCCACGGUCCAAAUCACUGAGAUCAAAUUUUUUCCCCAUUCUGAUGGUUGAUGUGAACAUUAACUGAAGCUCCUGACCUGUACCUGCAUGAUUUUAUACAUUACGCUGCUGCCACACGAUCGGCUGAUUAGAUAAUCGCAUGAAUAAGUAGAUGUACAGGUGUACCUAUUAAAGUCGCCGGUGAGUGCAUAUUAAAAUCCUAAACAGAUCAGAAAUUAAUGACUACUAAAAUGACUAAGAAAAUAUGGAAAAUGAAACAUUUACCAUUUAAAAUAUAUAGUCAUGUAGCAUACCAGUUUGAGAACCACUGCUCUGAACAACUUUAAAUGUGCCAUGUAUAUGUUUGCAAAGAAAUAUUAGGCAGAAAUACUCUGAAUUCAAAUUGAAAAUGGUCUUUUAGACAAAAUCAAGAUGAGAACUUUAGGUUAAAAGUCUGUGGUCCUGAAUUUUUAUC